AAAUGUCGAGUGGAGCUCUUUUUGGUAAUAAUGUUACUCGAGGCGCAAGUAAAAACCUCGUUGAAUUUAAAGCCGGAAAAAUGACAAUGAAAGGCAGCAAGGUUUAUCCAGAUAAUAGGAAAGGACAACUUUAUGUAUAUCAAUCGGAUGAUUGUUUAAUGCAUUUUUGUUGGAAAGACAGAACUUCUGGAGUUGUUGAAGAUGAUUUGAUUAUAUUUCCCGAUGACUGUGAAUUUAAACAUGUUCCUCAAUGCACUACUGGUAGAGUGUACCUUUUAAAAUUUAAAUCAUCUAGUAGAAGAUUCUUCUUUUGGCUUCAGGAUCUCAAAACUGAUAAAGAUGAUGAGCACUGCAAAAAGAUCAAUGAAGUUCUCAAUAAUCCACCAACACCAGGUUCUCAAAGAAGUGGUGGUGCAAAUCCAGAAGGUGAUUUACAAAAUCUCCUGAAUAAUAUGUCACAGCAGCAAUUGAUUCAACUUUUCGGAGGCGUGGGACAAAUUGGAGGAUUAGGAAAUUUAUUGGGAACAAUGAAUCGACCUCAUGGCACUGCUCGAACAACAACCACGACUUCCUCGACGCCAGUUGCAACAACUAUCGUCACCAGGCCACCUGCAUCUCAAACACCUGCACCUACUGCCACAGCUUCAGCUGGAGCUGCCACCACCGAAACAUCCAGAUCAACUGGAGGUUCUAAAACUUCAAGUAGAACGACAGCACCAACUUCUGGAACAGAAGAUGAUUCAAGAACUCCAAUCAGAGUCAGUGAUUUAGUACAAUACCUUUCUGAAAUACCAACGCCUUCCGAGGGUCGAACUGAUCAGAGGGGCGUAGCAAGCGAGUUGACCAGUUCCAUCCCAGGGGCGAUAUCGUCGACCGAGAACCUCGAGUUAGAAAUGAAAGAACACUUGCCACCCGGGGACAACCUCUGUACCACGCUAUCGUCUCCUCAGUUCUCCCAGGCGCUAUCAAUGUUCUGGUCUGCUUUGCAGUCCGGCCAGGCUGGCCCAGUCAUCCGUCAAUUUGGCCUGGGAACGCAGGCAGUCAAUGCGGCGACCAAUGGAAAUCUCGAGGAAUUCGUGAGUGCCCUCGAGUUCGAGACCAAGGAUGGCCAACAACAACAACAGGAUCGUAGCGAGCAGGGAAAGGAUGACAAGAGUAAGAAGCAACCUCCUCCAUCAUCGGGAGCUGGAUCCACUGAUAAGAAAGAUGAGGAUGACGAGGGAAUGUGUUUCGAUUAGGACUGGAUUUGAUUCGACACUUCUUUUUUUUAUUUUAAUUUUUUUUUUUUUUUUUUUUUUUGUAAUGUCUGUGUGUCGUGCGAAGUAAUCUGCUCUGGAUAUACUGGUAACUUGAAUAAUUAUUCUUACUAAUGCUUCAUUACGACUUGUGUAUCUCUUUGCAAUAUCGAUUUAAAAAAAAUCGUAGCGUGUAAGUUUCACAUUAUAUAAUAAAAAUUGUUUUGUUGAAAGAUGA